AUGUCGUUCGCUAGGACUCUCCUUCAGACCACCCGUGCUCUACGGAGUAAUGCCAGUCCAGUGCAACAAGCAUUGAACAACAAACUAUUCUACAAUGCGACACGAAACUACGCCGUGGCAUUUACACGAGACAAGCCUCAUGUGAACAUUGGUACCAUUGGCCAUGUUGAUCAUGGAAAGACCACCCUCACAGCAGCCAUAACAAAACGCCAAGCCGAAAAAGGCUUCGCCAACUACCUCGCCUACGACGCCAUCGAUAAAGCGCCAGAAGAACGGAAACGCGGCAUCACAAUCAGCACAGCACACAUCGAAUACCAAACCGACAACCGCCACUACGCCCACGUCGACUGCCCAGGCCACGCCGAUUACAUCAAGAACAUGAUCACCGGCGCCGCAUCCAUGGAUGGCGCCAUCAUCGUCGUAGCAGCUAGUGAUGGCCAGAUGCCACAGACGAGGGAGCAUCUACUAUUAGCGAGACAGGUGGGCGUGAAGCGGAUCGUGGUAUUCGUGAACAAAGUCGAUGCGGUGGAGGAUAAGGAGAUGUUGGAGCUAGUGGAGAUGGAGAUGCGUGAGCUGCUUUCUUCGUACGGGUUCGAGGGGGAUGAGACACCGAUUAUUCUUGGUUCCGCGCUGUGUAGUCUUGAGGGAAGGGAGCCGGAGAUCGGGGAGAAGAAAGUGGAUGAGUUGCUCGAGGCGGUGGAUACCUGGAUCCCGACUCCGGAACGGCAGUUGGAGAAACCGUUCCUCAUGUCCGUCGAGGACGUGUUCUCUAUCCCUGGUCGCGGGACCGUGGCUUCCGGACGUGUAGAACGGGGCGUGUUGAAGAAGGACUCCGAGGUUGAGCUCGUGGGCAAGAACAACGCACCCAUCCGGACAAAGGUGACGGACAUUGAGACCUUCAAGAAAUCCUGCGACGAGAGCCGCGCAGGCGACAAUUCCGGCCUCCUACUCCGUGGAGUAAAGAGAGAGGACGUCCUCCGCGGCAUGAUCAUCGCCAAACCCGGCACCAGCAAAGCCCACCGCAGAUUCCUCACCUCCAUGUACGUCCUAACCAAAGAAGAAGGCGGGCGGCACACCGGCUUUCACACGAACUAUAAACCCCAACUCUUCAUUAGAACAGCUGAUGAGGCGGCGCAUUUGACGUGGGCAGAGGGCAGUGCGGAGGAGAAGGAGGAUAAGAUGGUGAUGCCGGGGGAUAAUGUGGAGAUGGUGUGUGAGAUUCAUAAGCCGUUGGCUAUUGAGCAGGGGCAGAGGUUUAAUGUUAGGGAGGGGGGGCGGACGGUGGCUACGGGGUUGAUUACUCGGAUCUUGGAGUGA